GUAAGCGUAGUACUCCUAGGGAAAGUGAUAUAUCUUUUCUUUUUUUUUUUCUUACAGUAACAGAAUGAUUUAGAAAAAAUCAAUAAGAGUCGUUACUGGGUUUCUUACGAUUUGCUACCAAGGUCAAUGCCUCUUGUUUUAAACUGAACUAGGCUCCGUUAUAAGACAAGUGGCAAAAAUGUGGAAGCAGCUUGGAUUUGGGCAGAAAAAACCUCAGGCUCAACUCAGACUUAAAGGAAUUGGAAGAGGGCAUUUCAGUGGUGAACAAGGAGGUGAAGAGGAAUUUAUGGGCCUUGCUCCUAUACAAUUGAAGGCAGUUCACUUUAGAAAUGAAGAAGAUAAGGAUGAUUCUGACAUACCAGUUUUGGUGCAAGAAUACAGUGACCCUUUGGACUAUCGACCCGAGCUUUCGGGGCAAGCAGCUGCAGGAGAGGAUGAAGACGGUGUUUAUGUCAUGCCGGUCGGAAGUAACUGCUAUACAGAACCUUUUGAGCCUCAAGACGCAGAGAGAGCACAACAACCCCACCUGGUGUGCUCCUCUGAAAUUCAAAAUGGUGCUUAUGAUGAUGUGUGUAUAAGCGAAACUAGUAGUAGUAAUAUCCCAGAAGAUGACACCAGGCCAGCUUCUGAAUAUGAUGACCCAUGGGAGUUACGACUUGGCAUGCGAUUGGCAGGAAGUCUGCAAGUUUCACCUUCAUUGGAUGGAGGUCAGUUCCAGCAGUUGAAUUCUCUUAGUUAUGCAUCGACUAGCAUGGAAGCAGAUUUUGGCCCAGAAAAUAGUUCACUCUUAAGUACUGAAACUUAUGACUCUGUAGAUAGUGAUGAGAUGGUUAGACAGAUGUACGAAGCUGCCUUUGAUAGCAGGGUAAAAAGAGAAGUGGAAAAUAUUAACUGGCAUUUGAAACAUAGGUCUUACCCAGAAUCAGGAUCAUCAACAUCUUCCAACAGUGGGUCAUCAUCCAUCACUCCAACACAUCAUCCUAGACCUCUACCUCCAGAGCCUCCUCAUAAAGACCCCCGACAACCCAUCUCUCAGUGUAAAGAGGGAGAGAAGCAAAAUGCUGUUCGAGAUAAACCUGAUCCAAAAUCUCUUUCCAUACAAGGAACCCAGGAGAGUCCAAGAGAUGGCAGUCCAGGUCAUCUGGAACAAGACCAGAAAAACAUGUUGAGUGGCAUACCAUUCAUUAGUAAAAAAGCCAUUUGUGGUCAUCAGGGUGUUAGGGUUCUUCCCUUGGAUUUAGGUAAGCCAUUAUCUAAACUUCAGAGCAGAAAUCAACCUACUGUUGAAAAUCUUGAAAGAGACUCUUCGUUUUAUAGUUCAGAAUGUGUAGAUAACUGUAAACUUGCAAGGUCACGAAUUAAAGAAGACCAGAAUAAUAUUAUUCAUUCAUCGAAUGGUGCUAUUCCCAAAUCUGAUUCCUCAGGUAACAAAGGUGUACCAGUUUCCAAUGUGAUGAAAUUUCAGUGUGAGAAAAAUGACAUUAGGUCUUCAGGUGACUAUGAUCCACCAUGGGAUGCACCUACACCUUCUGGCAGCCUUGAUGAAUUUUUGUCAGCACAGUCUUUUUCUUCUUUUGAUGACGUUCCUAGUUUCCAAUCCAGCCAUUCCUUUCUGGUGGGAGUUCGGCGAGACCCUUCUACAGAUUGUAGAUCACCAGGAGAUUAUGAUCCUCCUUGGGAUGUCCACAGACCUCUUCUUAAUAAUCUUCCAUGUGACCCCUCACCCAACCUUGGACAUUCACCUAGGAGUGACAUUUCUAGCUCUAGACCAGUUGCUGUCAAUUAUUUUGGUGCUACAACUGACACCAGGCCAAUUGGAGAAUACGAUCCUCCAUGGGACUUGCCUAAACAUGGCAAACAUCCUCAGCCACUUGCUUGCUCAAAUAGUCAAACUGAUGGAACUGAUGCACAAACUGUUUCAAAAGAUCCCAGAAUCCCUGCAGAUUAUGAUCCCCCUUGGGACAUACGCAAACCUUGUUUAUUGGAUACAAGGGAUAUACAUCAUUCUAAAUCACCCCAUACCUCUUCUGAUGAAAUUGAUGGCUCAAGUAUUAAAGAAAGUGGCUUGUCAAAACCAAACCUGCUAGUAAAAAAACCUAGAAAUGUGCUAUCCACAUCAUCUUUUGAGUCUUACCUAGAAUGUGAGCAACUGCCUUCAAGAAACAAAGAAACAGAAAGAGUAACUGGUCAGCCAAAGAGACCAGAAUCCCUUCCCAUCCAGAGUAUAGGAGUUUCUCAUUUACUGAUGCCUGCAACAAGGGGAAAGAGCAGUAUAUUGGGAUCCACUUCACAGAACUUAGCUAGAGGUCUUGACCCUACUAAGCCCAGCUCUUCUAAAGGACAUGGACCUUCUGUUAGAUCUAAUUUAAACCUUAACUCCAGUGCUGCUAAUGUUACUAAACGAACUAGGAAACAAAUGUCAACGAAUACCAGUUCUUCAGCAGUGAGUUCAUCUAGAGAAAAAGUAAAAUCUUUGGACAAACAAGGGUGGUACCAUGGUUCUAUCAGUAGGCUUGAUGCAGAAAAAGUCCUAAGAGUUCUUAAGGAGGGGAGUUUUCUCGUCCGCAACAGUGAAAGCUCAAAACAAGACUUUUCAUUGUCUCUCAAAAGUGCACGUGGUUUCAUGCAUAUGAAGAUUGUUUAUAAUGAUGGAAAAUUUAUCUUGGGUCAGUUCAGCAAACCCUUUUCUAGCAUCCCUGAAAUGAUUCGCCAUUAUUCUGUGAACAAAUUACCCAUCAAAGGUGCAGAACAUAUGUCUCUACUUCAUCCAGUCAUGGACCAACUUUUAUAGAUACUUAAGUAUAACAAAUAAUAUCUACAGCAUUCCUAAUCUGAUGAAAUUAGAUUUCAUUUCUAGUGAUCAGAGUAACCCACUUCUCGUCUAUAAACUUUUCUGAUUUGAUAUGUAGUGAACCUCGUCUGUUCUAUUAAAAAGAUCUAUUAGCCUUGCCAUUCAUUAAGUAUACUAGGUAUUUCCCUUUACAUGCACAGAUACAUGAUCCUUUACUUGUUUUGUUAUUGAGUUUUAGAUUCAUUUAUCACAAUGAAAAAGAAAUAUUAUUUUAUAACAAAUUCACGUUUUGUAAGUGUUUCUCUUUGUCUGCAAACUUCUCAAAAUUAUGUAUCCUGAUUCUAAAAAAUAUGAGGUAUUUCAUUUCUAAUGUAUUGUUACAUAUUUUUAUUCAUUCUAACCUUUCAAAAGAACCUGUAUCACUGACUUAAUGAAGUAAUUGCUUCUUUUUUUGUUAUUUGAAAUCCUCUAAUCCAGUAAUUCCCAACCUUCCUGUCAUUGAACACGUUCUAUGAGGGCAGGAAAAAAUUGUGGAUAGGCAAUGAAGCACUAUCUAUUUGUCAUUAUGGAAAACUGAAAUAAUUUUAUGUUUUUGUGGCAAUAUGCCUAGCAUUUCUCAAUCUGUGUUGUGUUUUAUAAUUUUCUGGUGACCUCAAAAGUUCAUAUGUUAUAUUAAUAAAUGUUUUAAUUGUAUUUUUAUUGCAAAUAUCAGAGUUUUGAGUUUAUAGAUGAUUGAUUAAGAUGAAGACUGAUAUAACACAUACAUUAUGAGGCUUGCAUCAUAGUAAUUAUGGAUAAGUUGUGCAAUUGGGGUUAUGGAACCACUCAAUUUUUAAAAUUUUAGAAUUGCAGUUGCUGAACGAAAAAAGUUUGGGAACUGUUGUUCUAAUCUGUCAUGGGCCAUCUUCUCUAGAAUUCAAACAUUCAGAAUUUCUACUUAUCCA